AUGCCUGCGUCCGGUCCGUUUUCCAAAAUGCCCGUUCCCGAGACCACUUUACGCGAAUGGGCCAAAUGUGUCAUGAACCCUGAAGCCACUCUAGUGGAACGGUCCCGAGCCUUGUGGGGAUUACGGCAUGCAGGUGAAAAAUUGGCCAUCUCGUUGAUCGGUGAAUUCCUAUGCGAUGUUGUCGAACCGUCUCCGGUUGCAGAUGCUCUGUUGCAACACGAGGCCGCCUAUUGCCUCGGACAACGGGGUGAUCCGGAAGCGGUGCCCAUUUUAAUUGCGGUGAUGCGUGACAACAGACAUCACCCUGUUGUGAGACACGAGGCUGCAGAAGCUCUGGCUGCGCUGUGCGGCUCUCCCGGUGUGGAUAUGGACCAGGUGGAACGUGAACUAAAAUUGUUCGUCGACGGAGAUGUAACCGAGCUAGCCGAAACGUGUAAAGUCGGUUUGGGACGUAUCAGUUGGUUACGUAAUGAGGGAUCGAAGGCUCAUGAGUCGGAAAUCGGCUUGCAGUUCUUUCCGUUCACAAUCGAUCCCGCGCCCCCGUUGGACUCGUCCGAAACCACGGAUCCCGAUGGACAAAAAUUAAGCGAUAUCAUGAUGGACUCGGAACAGGACCUGUUCAUCCGAUAUCGAGCUUUGUUCUGUCUACGAGACCGUAUUUUGCAUGCAAAAUUGGCACAGAAUGCUGAAGAAUUGGAACGACUGGCUCAUCUUAUAGCCCUAGGGUUACGUGCGCCUGGUAGUAAACUCCUACGUCACGAGGUCGCAUUUGUCCUCGGCCAGUUGGCUCUGAUUGAGACUGUUCCAAAACUGGUUGAAUGUGUUCAAGAGACUCAUGAACACUCGAUGGUCCGUCACGAGGCUGUCGAGGCUCUCGGUGCAGUACUUGGCCAAACAACAACCGAGGAUGGUGAUCUGGAGAAACCAUGCAUCAAGUCUGCACGUGAGGUUCUACAAGUGGGAUUAAAGGAUCCAGAACCGUUGGUUCGCGAAAGCUGUGUCCUAGCGCUGGAUAUCGCAGACUACGUCUCAUCCAACACACAGUUUCAGUAUGCCUUCGUUCCUUCCUGA